AUGCUGCCACCAACUGUCACAAAACAAGAACUUCUUUCCAACUUUGACACGUUCGUUUUCGAUGCGGACGGAGUUUUGUGGACUGGAGAUAUUCCUAUUCCUGGAGCAGCUGAUUGGAUCAAUACACUUCUCGAUGACCCGGAAAAAAGUGUUUUCAUAACCACUAAUAACUCAACGAAAACUUUGGACCAAUAUAUGCAAAAAGUAUCAAAAAUGGGAUUCGGUCGACUUGGAAAACAAAACCUUCUUAGUCCCGCUAUUGUUUUAUGUGAUUAUUUCAAAAGGAAUGCGGAGAAAUUCAAGCAUCAAUGGAUCUAUCUGAUAGGAGUGGAGAACCUGAAACACAGUUUGGAAGAAGGAGGCGGAGUCAAGUGUUUUGGGACUGGUGUAGAUCAUAAAGAUGACUAUACAGAAGGAGAUUUUAUUAAUGAAGUUGAUGUCGCUUCAAAAGUUCCGAAAGCUGUUGUUGUGAGCUUUGAUUCAUGUUUUAGCUACCCGAAACUGAUGAAAUGUGCGAAUUUCCUUUCGGAUCCAUCUGUAGAGUUCCUAGUUUGCAACGAAGAUACAACAUUCCCUGGACCUGUCCCUGGAAUGAUUCUACCUGAAACUGGACCAUGGUCUGCUGCGAUUCAAAAUGUAUCCGGGCGGAAACCGGAUAUUGUCUUUGGAAAACCUCACAAGGAGAUGGCAAACUUCUUGAAGUCGAGAGUGGAUCCAGGAAGGUUUGAUUCUCGGAGAACAGUGAUGUUUGGAGAUCGAUUGGACACCGAUAUGAUGUUCGGAAAGAAUAAUGGAUUCACAACUGUUUGGAUGCAGACUGGAGUCAAUACUGUUCUGGAUAUUGAGAAGGCUCGACAGGCUGGAGAGCUGUCGAAAAUUCCAGAUUUGACAUGCAGAUUUUCAGAAUUUUAA